CGUCCUUCCAUCUUCCCCAUCUCUUCAAUCUCCACAAGCCACUCUCCCACUUUCCAGUUAAACAAAAAAAAAAUAAAAAAUACAAAGCCAUUCUCCAAUCUCCACUCACUUCCGUCCAUCACCAUCACAUCCAUUUUGAAAAGGGUAAAACAUUUUGAAAAGCUACAGCUCCCCUGUUUUUCUCACUGUUCUUCCCUCUCUUGUCCACCAUUCUGGUCCUCUGAUCUCAAAGCUCAACCAAAAAUAGAAAUAAACCAGACGGACCGAUCGCUACCACUGCCACAACCAUGACCGUUCCUCAAGUGAAGAAAGAGCAGGAGAAGAAGGGUAGGCCAGGGAAGGUGAAGGUUUCGUCCUCUAACAAACAGGAAAGAGGGAUUGUUCCAACCAAGUCUGGCUUCAAGAGGGCGACAAGCGAAAGUGUGUAUGUUAAUGGCGAAGUGAAGAAUGCUGUAAUGAAGAGAGCUCAGGAGAUAGAAGCCAGUCUACCAAGAAACUUCCCUACCAUGAUAAAGAUUAUGCUCCCUUCUCAAAUCUCGGGUGGGUUUUGGCUGGGUCUUUGCAAAAAGUUCUGCGUCAAGCAUUUGGGUGAAAAGGACUUCAUAAUGGACUUGGAAGAUGAGGAUGGCAAAGUCUCUCGAGUGAAUUGUCUAGUCAGAAAUGCUGGACUUAGCGGGGGAUGGAAAAAGUUCUCAACCGAUCACAAAUUGGUUAAAGGAGAUGUCGUAGUUUUCCAGUUGGUUAAGGCAAACAAGUUCAUGGUCUACAUUGUGAGGGCAAGUGAUUUCGAGGAAAAUGAUGUUGCUCUUGGCCUUCUGAAACUGGAGACUAGUUUGGAAGAGAAAUCUAGCUCAGGUGAAGUGGAGGGUGGUGCUCUUGACCUUAUGGAGCUGGAUGGUGUUUUGGAAAAGAAAUCUGCUCAUGCAAAGGAUCUGAGCAGAAGUGUCAAAGCAACUGUCAUGAAGACUGUUGAUGAUUCUGAUAUUUCUUUGGUGAUCAACUCCGAGCUCUCAAAGCACCUCCAGCACAAGUACUAUGAACUAUGCAGCAGCCAGAAGUUGUUCCUCCAUGAACAAAUCCUCAAUGGUCUCAACUGUAAGCUGAUAGCGGGAGUAAUCGCCGAGACCAUUAACAUUGCUGAUGCCAUAAGAGCUUCAAAGUUCAGCGGUGUGGGUAAUGAUAACGGUCAGCAGAAGGAAGACUUUGUGACUUGGGAGAGCACAUUGUUAGCUUUUCAGAAGCUGGGAAUGAAUGUGGAGUUCAUACUCACCAGAUUGAGGCAGCUCAUGCGGCUCUGUGACAAUGCCAAUAGGUGUAAGAGGUUGAAGACUGAGAGAGUCGAGGUAGGCAAGGAGGUGAAGGUUCUGGAGGCGAAACUCGAGGAAUCGGUUCGAAGAAUGAGAAGGAUUGAUGAAGAGAUCGAGAAGUUGGAAAUUGACGAUGUGGAGGAUGUUGAGGUGAAGUUCAGAGAAUUGGCUAAAGCUCCAUGGACCAUGGCCAUCCUUCAAGUCAAGGAAGAGCAGGCUGAACCCAUUUUCCAAAGACCUUCUCGUUCGAAAGGAGGCUUUGUUCCAAUCAAGUCAACUGUAAGCUCUUACGAGCCUAAGAAUGAUGUAAUGAGAAAAGCACAGGAGAUUGUAUCUAAUCUACCUGCAAACUCUCCUUCAUUGAUAAAGGUCAUGCACCCUUCACAUGUUACUAGAGGAGCUUCAGUGCGUCUCUUGGCAGAGUUUUGCCACAAGCAUUUACCUGAGGAGGACUCAAUGAUCGAGUUGGAGGAUGAAAAUGGUGAAGUUCACGCGACAAAGUAUCUAGCCUAUAAGAACACUUUCAGCGCUGGAUGGGCAGCUUUUGCCGGCAAGCAUGAUUUAGUUGAAGGAGAUGUUCUGGUGUUCCAGUUACUUAAGCCAACCAAGUUCAAGGUCUAUAUUGUGAGGACAAGUAGGUCAGAGAGAGUAGAUGGUGCUCUUGAUAUGGAAAAGAAACCUGUUCAUGCCAAGAAUCUGAGCACAAGUGGCAAAGCAACUUUCAAGACUGUCCACAACUCUGAUCUUUCCUUUGAUGAUAACUACGUACCCGAUGAGUCGGAAAAUGGAAGUGAUGAAGAUUUUGGAUUCGAUAUCCCCGACGGUAUUAGGAUGUCAUCAGAAUCCACUAUUGAUUUCCGACAAGUGAAGAGCUUUGCUGACUUUGACAUUAUAGUGAAUGGCUUGGUGAUCAAUAGUGAGCUCUCUAAGCAGCUCCAGCACAAGUACUAUGAACUAUGCAGCAGCCAGAAGUUGUUCCUCCAUGAACAAAUCCUCAAUGGUCUCAACUGUAAGCUGAUUGCCGGGGUAAUCUCCCAGACCAUAAAUAUAGCUGAUGCCAUAAGGGCUUCAGAACUUGGUGCCCCACAGAAGGAAGAGUUUGUGACUUGGGAGAGCACUUUGUCGGCAUUUGAGAAGCUUGGGAUGAAUGUGGAGUUCAUACUAACCAGGUUGAGGCAGCUCAUGGGGCUUUGUGGCAAUGUCAAUAGGUUGAAGAGAUUGAAGACUGAGAGAGCUGAAGUGGGAGAGGAGGUGAAGGCUCUGGAGGUGCAGCUCGAGAAGUGGGUGAGAAGAACGAAAAGGAUUGAUGAAGAGAUCGAAAGGUUGGAGGUAGAUGAUGUUCAGGUGAGGUACAGAGAAUUGGCUAAAUCUCCAUGGUGA